AAAAAUGGGUUUAAAAGGUUCUAAACCAAAAUUAAGCAAAGAAGAUUUGGAAUUUUUAAAGAAAAAUACAAAUUUUACUGAAGAACAAAUUAAGGAAUGGUAUAAAGGAUUUGUGCAAGAUUGUCCAAAAGGUCAUUUGACAAAAGAACAAUUUAUUAAAGUUUAUAAGGAUUUUUUCCCUUCUGGAUCAGCAGAAGGGUUUUGUGAACACGUUUUCCGUACUUUCGAUACAGACAAUUCUGGUUUUAUUGAUUUUAAAGAAUUUUUAUUAGCUAUAAAUGUUACUUCUUCUGGCACUCCCGAACAGAAAUUGGAAUGGGCAUUUAGGAUGUAUGAUAUUGACGGAAAUGGAACAAUAGAUGAAAAAGAGAUGAUUAAAAUAAUUGAAGCAAUUUAUGAAAUGCUUGGCCCAGAAGUAACAAAAUCAGCUGACGAUUCUCCACGAAAAAGGGCAAAAAUGAUUUUUGAGAAAAUGGAUAUAAAUAAUGAUAAGGAGUUGACUUUAAAAGAAUUUGUAGAUGGGUGUUUAGCUGAUAAAGAACUUUUCCAGGUGGGAAGAAGUUUUAUAAGCAGUAAACUAUAUUGGACUGAAACUUGUGUGAGAGAGUCUAGGCAAGAUACCCUGUAUUUAAGGAACAAUUAUAAGAUAAAGUCAAAAUGGCCGCUACUAGAUACACCAUUUAAAUUAUAUUUUCUGGUUGUUUGA